UCGUCCUGCAGCAGCUGCGGCGCAUGAGAGAGCUGCAGGUAUUCCAGCGACGCCCUCACUGUCAGCGGGCCAGCGGACGUCGGCCUUCCGUCCUCCCACCGAGCUAGAGAAACAUGGCUCUGAGUCGCCUGGAAAGGGCUCAAGUGUGGCUCUUCAGGGCGGUGUCGGGACUGCUGCUGGUGCUGCUCCGGCUGUUCGCGCCGCGGCGCCCCGCCGGGUCCCGGGAGAAGCUGCCCCCCGUCGGCCACCCGCUGCUGCUGCUGCCGGCCACGCAGCUGGCCAGGAAGAUCCGCAGAAAAGAGGUAUCGAGCGUGGAGGUGGUGCAGGCUUUCAUCGACAGGAUCCAGGAAGUGAACCCCUUUCUGAAUGCUGUUGUGAAAGACAGGUUUGCUGCCGCCCUCCAGGAGGCCGCGCAGGUCGACAAGCUGAUUGAGGAGGAGACUGGAGGGGAGGAGGUGCUGGAAGACCGGCUGCCUUUACUGGGAGUCCCACUGUCGGUCAAAGAGUCCUUUUCUCUCCAGGGUAUGCCCUUCACCACAGGCGUGAUCUCCAGGCGAGGAGUCGUGGCCUCUGUUGAUGCCCCGCCAGUGGCGCUGCUGAAGAGAGCAGGGGCCAUACCACUGGGAGUCACCAACACCAGUGAGCUGUGCAUGUGGAUGGAGUCACACAACCACCUCUACGGCACCACCAGCAACCCGUAUGAUCUUGAAAGGAUACCAGGGGGAAGCUCAGGGGGGGAGGGCAGCAUACUGGGGGGUGCAGGAGCGGUUAUCGGCGUGGGCUCUGACAUUGGUGGCAGCAUCCGCAUGCCGUGCUUUUUCAAUGGAAUAUUUGGCCAUAAAACCACUCCAGGUGUUGUGUCCUGUGAGAACCAGCACCCUCCCCCUUCCGGCAAACAGCCGGAGUACCUGAGCUCUGGUCCCAUGUGCCGCUAUGCUGAAGACUUGCUGCCCAUGCUCAAGAUCAUGGCGGGGCCAAACGCUCACAAGUUGUCCUUAAACACAAAGGUGGAUCUAAAGAAGCUGCGGUUCUUCACCAUCCCUCAUGAUGGCGGCUGCGUAUACACACAACCUGUCAGCAAAGAGCUUGUGGACAUUCAGAGGAAGGUCGUGGAGGGCCUGGAGGCCGACCUCGGAGUGCAAGUCCAGCACGUUUGUUUACCUGAGCUCCGCUACAGCUUCCAGAUCUGGGAUUCAUACAUGGUUCUCCCUGACAAGGAGGGCAAGCCUCCUAUAUCGUUCACUGAGCUGAUGGGGGAAACAGGACGACCUGCGUGGCCUUUGUGGGAGCUCCUGAAAUCGCUGAUAGGAAAGUCGGACCAUACGAUGGCUGCCAUCCUGCUCGGCGUGCUUGAGACGACCCGCACGUCCAAAGCCUCGCCCUUCAUCAUCCAGCAAAAAGAGAAGCUGCAGAAGGAGAUGGACGCGCUGCUGGGCACUGACGGAGUUCUUCUCUACCCUUCACACCCCAGGGUGGCACCCAAGCACCACCACCCGCUCCUCAGGCCCUUCGACUUCGCCUACACUGGUAUUUUGAACAUCCUUGGGCUGCCGGUUACCCAGUGUCCUCUGGGUCUGAAUGAGGACGGCUUGCCCCUUGGUGUGCAGGUGGUUGCAGGUAAGAUGCAGGACCACCUGACCCUCGCUGUGGCGCUCUACUUGGAGAAGACGUAUGGAGGUUGGACGGUCCCUGGAGCAAACUAAGGCCACAUCCACCUCCAGACCGGAGCUGCUGUAACGGAAAUGUGGUUUUCAAUAUCUGCCUUCUCACCUGUAGUAGGCCUAAAUGAGAGCGGUGCACACAGUAUGACUGAUGCUCAGGCGGGCUGGUUUUGCACUCAUUCCUCCGUGAUCAUUUCAAUCAUAUGAGUGAGGCAGUUAUGAGCACAAGCUUCAAAAAAGCUGAAAAAUUAAAAGAAUAUUCAGCGAUAUUUCAGUUCAACGGAAGGUUGAAUGCUGUUAAGUUAGAUGUUCUCGUCUUUGGACUGUAGCUGGUACAGUUUUGCUCGGAUUCAUACUGGGUGUUCGGUUCUCCCACAUAAAAGAUAUAAGGAGAACUUUGUGCUCAACUAAUGACUUCAACAAUUAAAGAUUACUAUCAAAUGUGAGGUGGUCGAGCUCUCACAUCAAUCUAUAGAGUUUAUUAAAAAACAAUUAACCAAAGUGCUUUACAGGGAUAAAAAAAGAUGGCCUAAUGAGCCAACGUCUGCUGUUCGUGGAGAUGCGCUAAAUGAUUUCAAAAUUAGUCAAAAGUGUAAUGACCAUGACUGAUCUGUCAUCUGUAGGUGUGACCAGAAAAAAGUGCAAAACUGUAAUUACAUGAUGUAAAUCUUGUACAAUGGUAAAUCAGCAGUGUGGCGCCUGUUUUAUGUUGCAACUCAUUUUGAUUAAUAAAAUGUUAAUUUUA